UAAAUUCCUGCGUGCAAGGUGCGCUGUCUUCCUCGUCCACCUUUCAACCCUCUCUCUCUCUCUCUCUCCGCGGAAUUCUAGAGAGAGAGAAACACCAAAAAUCUCUCCUCUGUCUCUCUCUCUCUCAAACAUUAUUUCAACAAGACAGAUACAAUUACCCCUUAAUCCUGUUUGUAGGAGCUCUUCGCAAUUUCCGCUCCUCUCUCUCUCUCUCUCUCUCUCUCUCUCUCUCUCUCACCAAUUCCUUCUCAGAUCUGGCCUUGGGCGCCCUCUCCUUGUGGUCCAAUUCCGAUCAGGGCGCACAUAAAAUUUGAAGUUAGUUUCCUCUGAAGAGAAUUCCGCAUCCUCAACUGAAAUUGCAAUGAAAAAGGCAUUUGAUCAAACAGUACGAGAACUUAAGAGGGAGGUGAACAAGAAAGUUCUCAAGGUUCCCGGAAUAGAACAAAAGGUUCUUGAUGCUACUAGUAAUGAGCCCUGGGGUCCUCAUGGAUCUCUUCUCGCCGACAUAGCUCAGGCUACCAAAAACUAUCAUGACUACCAGAUGAUCAUGGUAGUAAUCUGGAAGCGUAUCAAUGAUACUGGCAAGAAUUGGCGGCAUGUCUAUAAGGCUUUGACUAUUUUGGAAUAUUUGGUUGCAUAUGGCUCAGAGCGUGUCAUAGAUGAGAUCAGGGAACAUGCUUAUCAAAUAUCGACAUUGUCCGAUUUUCAAUAUAUUGAUUCCAGUGGGAGGGACCAGGGAAGCAAUGUCAGAAAGAAAUCUCAGAGUCUUGUGGUUCUAGUAAAUGAUAAGGAAAGAAUACAAGAAGUGAGGCAGAAGGCUGCCGCUAACAGGGACAAGUUCCGCAACACAUCCAUGGGUGGCAUGUACCGGCCAAGUUCAUAUUCAGGUGACGAUGAUCGUUACGAAGGCCGCUAUGGAAGUAGAGAUGAUGAUCGGAAUGGUUAUGGGAGAGAGAGAGAAUGGGGCUCUAGAGAUGAUGAGCGUUAUGGUAAGUAUGGGGGUGAUGGAGAUCGCUAUAGUAGAGAUUCUGAUGAACGUUACGGCAGAGAUGGUUACAGAGAUGAUGAUCACCGGGGACGAAGUCGAAGCAUUGAUGAUUACCAGUAUGGCUCAAGAAGCAGGAGCGCUGAUAGAGAGAGAGAGCGUGCUUAUGAAGAUGAUGGUCAAUAUUCAUCUAGAGGAAGUGGCGCUAGAGCUGAUGAUCAUUCUCAAGAUGGAAGCUCUUCAGGAAAGCAGCUUGACCGGAAAUUUUCUGAACAAAAUCUCGGUGCUCCUCCUAGUUAUGAAGAGGCUGUUGGUGAGGCUCGUAGCCCUAUUCAAAGUGAAAGGGAUGGAGAAGCUUCAGCAUCUGCUCCAAAAACAUCUGCUUCGUUAAGCACUAGUCCAAGCCAGGCAAUCCCUGCUCCUGCUUCUCCUCCGGCUCCUGCUCCUGCUCCUGCUUCUGCUCCUGUUCCUGCCCCUGUUCCUGCUCCUACUCCCGCUCCUACUCCUGCUCCUGCUGCUGCAAACAAGGAAGUUGGUGGCUUUGAUGAGUUUGAUCCCCGUGGUUCGUUUUCAGGUGCGCCAGUUACUUCCAAUGGUGCUGAAAUGGACUUGCUUGGCUCUUUGUCGGACUCCUUUUCCAACCCAUUGGCUAUCAUGCCAGUUACAUCUGGAACUGCAGCCACUGAUGAUAAUGCCUCCGCAAACUUUAGCUCUGGACCCACAUUUGAUAAUGCCUCCGCAAACUUUAGCUCUGGACCCACAUUUGGCGCCACACCAUCAGCAUCCGGUGUCACAAACCAGCCAUUUGAAGACCCAUUCGGCGAUGGUCCUUUCAAAGCUGUCCCUACUACAGAUGGUUCCCCAUCUCAACCGCAGAACAGUGCCCCUACAUCUUCAUUCCACCCUAUGGCCCAACCAAUUCCGGAAGUGGUGGACAACGCAGUUAACUAUGGGGAUGCUUUUCCUGGCAUGACAUAUGCGCCACCAACCAAUUCCAAUGCUCAACUUUCUUCAGCAAAUGCACAAUUCUUACCCAAUGAGUUCCCAACCUCAAACCAGAACACUGAUAUUUUGGCUGAUAUUCUCCCACUAUCUGGACCACCACCUCCGGUAGCUUCACAGACUGGUUUUCCAGCUCAAGGCAGCCAACCACCAUCGCAUGCCGGUUUUUUGGCCCAAACUAGCUACCCUACACCACUGACAGGGUUUUCGGCCCAAACGGGUCAACCCGGACAUGUAACGGGCUAUCCAGGACCAAACGGCUCUGCAUCACAGCCAGGUUUUCCAGCACCAAGCACUACUGUGCAACCAAGUGCUAAUUUCUAUGGCAACUUCCUCCAGCAGCAGCCGGCAGCUCCACACAUGGCUUCCCAAACUAGUGCCGGACCAACCACACAGUAUAACCCUGCAAACUUCCUCUCACAAGCACAACCAACUCCAACUAUGACCUCUCAACCACCUCUUACGUCUUCGAGUGGACAACUUGCUAUAGUCCCUCAACCAUCCAAGGACAAGUUUGACCCGAAGUCUGGAGUUUGGGCUGAUACCCUGAGCCGAGGGCUAGUCAAUUUGAACAUAUCAGGACCUAAAACAAAUCCGCUGGCGGAUAUUGGAGUAGACUUCGAUGCGAUAAACCGCAGGGAAAAGAGGUUUGAGAAACCUACAACUACGCCUGUGACAUCAACUAUUAACAUGGGUAAAGCCAUGGGAUCUGGUUCUGGGAUGGGCCGUGCUGCUGCAAGUUCCCUCAGGCCUCCCGCAAACCCUAUGGUGGGUUCUGGAAUGGGCAUGGGUAUGGGUAUGGGCAUGGGAGGUCCUGGUGCGGGCAUGGGCGGUCCUGGUGCGGGCAUGGGUAUGGGAGGAUAUGGAGGAAUGAAUCAACCCAUGGGUAUGGGAGGCUAUGCUGGAAACGGAAUGAAUCAACCCAUGGGUAUGGGAGGCUAUGCAGGAAACGGAAUGAAUCAACCCAUGGGUAUGGGUAUGAAUAUGGGUAUGGCUCAAGGAUCCCAAAUGCAACCAACUGGAUUCCCCCCUAGAUCUGCCAUGCCCGGUGGAUAUAAUCCAAUGAUGGGCAGGGGUGGUGCUUAUGCCCCGCAACAACCGUAUAGUGGUGGAUAUUGAUUAGAUCAAGCUGCUGCUGCCACCACCACCACCACCACCUCCCUCUUCGGGAUCGGGAAAAGGUAAUUAAGUGAAAUUGGGUUUACGAAAUCAAAGAGAUGGGACAACAGACCUGGUGAUACUCUCAAGUCCUGAUGCCCAGCCCAUGUUCGGACGUCUGGUGGUGAAAGCUUUAUUUCUCGUAUUCGUUGGGAAGCUGCUUGUAGAAGUUUAUCACCUUUCCCUUGGUAGCAGUAUUUUUGUAGUUGGGGUUCUAUAAUAUCAUCUGUUUUGUGCGCUACUGGUGAGAUCUUAAUUGUUGUAAAGUUGUAUAUCGUUGGGGUAACCUCUCUCGGGUGCCUCUUUCGUCUCUCCUCCUCCAUUUUUUUGUGUGACUUGUCAGAUUGCCUGUGGUUUGACAUGCCUACUUGCUGAACAAUAAAAUCGUUAAUUUUUUCUC